UGGGCGUCAAGACGUGAACUUUGACACACCGCAGGAUCUCGCGCGAAAUCGACUUUUAUGCGGAAACAUGACAUCAUUGCCAUUGACAAACUGAUUGUGAUUGAACUUCGGAAUUACUCAAAAUUUAGAAAUGUGAUGGGAAAGAAGCAGAUUUCCAUCUUCGAACAACUGAUUAUUGCCCCGUUAAGUUUGUAGUAUCACUGACCACUUGACUCGUUCGGGAAUGUCGAUUUUUCUGUUAGUUUUCAGCGUGGUUAUUGCUCCCUUCGCGAACAGUCUGUCGGCCGAUCCGGGCGUAACUAUGCAAUACAUGCAAUAUGAACGGGAACGUGCGACUUCCGAGCGAGACAUGCUUCGUAACAUUAGCCGGGUAAACAAGACGGAAUCACCCGCCGAACAUUGCCGUCAAGGGGCUCUCACUGACGGGUUUGGCAUGAUCAUCCAAGGCAUUCUGGCUGUGCUGGCAUUUAGUAGCUUAAUUGUGAAGCGACUGAGAGAACCCAAAGAGGACAGGAGGUCGUGGAGAAUCUGGUUUUACGACACCUCCAAGCAGGCCCUAGGAGCUGGGGUCAUUCACAUCGCCAACGUGUUCCUGUCGACAGAACUGUCCAGUGGAGACCCCUGCAUAUGGUACAUCGUGUUCUUCCUACUAGAUUCCACCUUCGGCCUUUUCAUUAUCUACAUCUGUGUCAAGAUCUCGCAGUGUAUCGUCAAACUCUGUAGCUGCAAGACGCUGUAUUUUGGCGAGUACGGUGAUCCACCCAUGUGCGAAGCCUGGGUUGGCCAGUGCGGAGUCUUUGUUCUAAUUGUGGUUCUUGAGAAAGUGGUCAUCACCAUCUUUGCGAGUCUUGACUUCUGGUCUGAGGUUGCCAGAACACUCCUAUCACCGAUACAUAACCCUAAGGUUGAAGUAGUCAUUGUUAUGCUGCUGGUUCCGUUCGUUCUCAAUGCAAUUAUGUUCUGGGUCGUGGAUAACUUCCUCAUGCGGAAACGGAAGAAGUUAAAAGACAACCCUGGCAACGACAAAGCCCAGGUGCGGUAUUUCAAACUGAAGACCAAAACAAAGGACGACGGUCGUGGGUCCGAGUCCGAGGUGCUGCUUUCACAGGAUGAAGAAAAUGGGGAAACAGUCGUAUUGUCGCCGAGAGGGAUGGAUGAUACGUGCAGAAAUGGCAGAAAUAUUCAACGGUUGUAGUAUUUGUUUUUGAAUUGUGUGGAACUGGAACAUGUUUUGUACAACUGAAAGUGCGUUGUAGUGGACUACUUUUUGAUUAUCAAACUUUCUGCCAAACAUUUAACCGAGUUGGUGUGAACAAAGCUGUUGGACGUUGAACUGUCACAAUCGUGCUUUUCCAACAUUUAUUGUUCUCAAAAACUACUUGAAUAAUUUCAUACCAGACCAUCUUUGGCAGUAAACUUGGUUCUUGAAGCAGAACUUGUCCACAAAACUGACAAAGCAAUGGUGACCAGUUGUACUUGUAUAUUUCGUGUUACAUUUUCCAUUUCAACUGUUUUUCCCCCGCCAAUUUUUCUGGGAAAAAAAAACAACACAAGGAAGUCUGCUAUUAAAAUUGUCGGAAAUUGUAGUCUGUUCAUUUUCUGAAUCUACAUCCAAUGUUUUAUGUUCCCAAGUCACCUAAUGAUAUAUAUCAGAAUUGUACAUGCAUGUUUAUAUUUGUAUAGCACUCAAUAAUGUAAGUACAAAAGAAAGUGUCUAUGGUAUAUUUUGUACAGAGAAGAAAAUAUUUGCCCUGGAAAAAGCACCUGUUGAACAAGAAAACACUCAGCUGAAGAUGUUUGUAUUUUA